UGAGCUAGUGUUAGUGUUUGCAGGGCUCAUGCUAUGACUGAUGUAUUUUGGUCCCAACGUUCCCGUCUUGUCAUUUCUGUCCCAUGAUGCGGUGAGUGUCCACGGCAGGAAGGAAGAGGGGGGACGCCGUUUGACUCCGCUCUGGAGAGUCUGUCCUCAUUGAAGUUUCCCCCGGUUAAUUUGCAGUAACUCCGGGGCGAGUUGCUGCCUCCGUUUGGUUGGUUUUACACGGGGAAUAUGGCUGUGUUGAAGAUACAAGACCAGCCGUCGCUGUUGAGAGCCAUCUUUAAUGUGGACCCAGACGAAGUUCGCUCCCUCAUAUUUGAGAAAGAGGAUGUCAACUUUCAGGACAACGAGAAGAGGACACCUCUGCAUGCUGCAGCCUACCUGGGGGACGCUGAGAUCAUUGAACUGCUCAUCCUCUCAGGAGCCAGAGUUAAUGCCAAAGAUAACAAGUGGUUGACUCCUCUUCACCGAGCUGUCGCCUCUUGUAGUGAGGAUGCAGUGGCAGUGUUGCUGAAGCACAGUGCAGAUGUUAACGCCCGUGACAAGAACUGGCAGACCCCGCUCCAUGUUGCAGCUAGCAACAAGGCAGUCCGCUGUGCCGAGGCUUUGGUCCCGCUCCUUAGCAAUGUUAAUGUGUCUGACCGGGCGGGACGCACUGCCCUGCACCAUGCUGCCUUCAGUGGACAUGUAGAGAUGGUGAAGUUGCUGCUGUCAAGAGGAGCUAACAUUAAUGCAUUUGACAAGAAGGACAGGAGAGCCAUCCACUGGGCAGCCUACAUGGGUCACCUGGAGGUGGUAAAGUUAUUGGUGGCCAGUGGAGCAGAGGUUGACUGUAAGGACAAGAAAGCCUACACACCGCUCCACGCAGCCGCCUCCAGUGGCAUGAGCAGCACAGUGCACUACCUGCUGAGCCUAGGGGUCCAUGUCAAUGAGAUAAACAGCUACGGCAACACCCCGCUCCAUUUGGCCUGUUAUAAUGGACAGGACGUCGUGGUCAGUGAGCUCAUCGAAGCAGGGGCCAGUGUCAACCAGGUGAAUGAGAGGGGGUUUUCUGCUCUCCACUUUGCCUCCUCCUCACGCCAGGGAGCGCUGUGCCAGGAGCUGCUGCUGGCCCACGGAGCUCACAUCAACAUGCGGAGUAAGGAUGGUAAGACUCCUCUCCACAUGGCAGCUACGCAUGGAAGGUUCUCCUGCUCUCAGGCCCUCAUUCAAAAUGGAGCUGAGAUUGAUUGUGAGGACAAGAGCAGAAACACUGCCCUUCACAUCUCUGCCCGCUAUGGCCAUGAGCUCAUCAUCACGGCACUCAUCAAACACGGAGCCAACACCUCCAGGAGAGGCAUUCACGGGAUGUUCCCUCUACACCUGGCAGCUCUCAGCGGCUUCUCAGAUUGCUGCAGGAAGCUGCUGUCCUCAGGGUUUGACAUAGACACCGCUGAUGACUUUGGAAGGACCUGUCUACAUGCUGCUGCAGCUGGAGGGAACCUGGAGUGUCUGAACCUGUUGUUAAACAUAGGAGCGGACUUCAACAGGAAAGACAACUUUGGAAGGACUCCACUACACUAUGCAUCAGCCAACUGUAACUACCAGUGUGUGUUUGCCUUGGUGGGUUCCGGGGCAAGCAUCAAUGAGCUGGACCAGAGAGGCUGCAGUCCUCUGCACUACGCUGCUGCAGCUGACAUUGAUGGAAAAUGUGUGGAGUACCUGUUGAGGAACGAUGCUGAUCCAGGAGUGAGAGACAAAAAGGGUUACAGUGCAGUGCACUAUGCCUCAGCGUACGGACGCACACUCUGCCUGGAACUGAUGGCAAGUGAGACACCUCUUGAUGUGCUAAUGGAGACAUCUGGAACAGACAUCCUGAGUGACUCCGAAAGCCAGGCCCCCGUCAGUCCCCUCCACCUAGCGGCUUACCAUGGACACUGUGGAGCUUUAGAGGUCCUCUUGUCGUCCCUGCUGGAAGUGGAUGUUUGCAGCCCAGAUGGCCGGACCCCCCUGAGCCUGGCAUGCUCCAAGGGUCACCAGGAGUGUGUCUCCUUGCUGCUGCACCACGGUUCCUCACCCAUGACCCGAGACUACACACACAAAAAGACAGCCAUACAUGCUGCAGCUAUGAACGGCCACCCCGAGUGCCUGCGCCUGCUCAUGAGCAACAAUGACCAACAUAUUAACGUGGACGUUCAAGACACCAACGGACAGACUCCUCUGAUGUUGGCAGUGCUGAAUGGACACGCAGAGUGCGUGUACUCUCUACUCAGCCAAGGAGCCAGUGUAGAGAAGCAGGACCGCUGGGGGAGGACGGCACUACACCGAGGGGCGGUGACGGGCCAGGAGGAGAUCGUGGAGGCCCUCCUCCAGCGGGGGGCUAGUGUGUGUGUCAGAGAUAUCCGGGGCCGCUCCCCUGUUCACCUGGCAUCCGCUUGUGGCCGCGUGGGCGUCCUGGGUGCCCUGCUGCAGGCCACCACCACCCCCUCACACACUCAAACACACCUCACUGACAACCAGGGCUACACACCACUGCAUUGGGCCUGCUACAACGGAUACGAUGCUUGUGUGGAGGUGUUGUUAGACCAGGAAGUGUUCAAGAAGAUCAAGGGCAACUCUUUCAGUCCUCUGCACUGUGCUGUGAUGAGCGACAACGAGGGAGUGGCGGAGAUGUUAAUCGACUGCUUGGGCACAGCUAUCGUCAACACCACUGACUCCAAGGGCAGGACCCCCCUUCACGCUGCAGCUUUUUCUGACCACGUGGAGUGUGUUUCCCUUCUGCUGAGCCACGGAGCUCAGGCAAACAUAGUUGAUGCACACACGCGCAGGACACCACUUAUGAUGGCAGCUUUAAACGGACAGACCAAUACUGUGGAGAUGUUGGUGAGCAGCGCUAAAGCAGACUUAACACUACAGGAUACAGACAGGAACACAGCGUUACAUCUGGCUUGCAGCAAGGGUCAUGAGACGAGUGCCUUGUUGAUUCUGGAAAAGAUCAGCGACAAGAACCUCAUCAACUGCACCAAUACUGCUCUCCAGACGCCCCUGCACGUAGCAGCGAGGAAGGGAUUGACAGUGGUGGUCCAGGAGCUGCUCAGGAAAGGAGCCAGUGUGUUAGCAGUGGAUGAGAACGGUUACACUCCAGCUCUGGCCUGCGCUCCCAACCGUGAUGUGGCCGACUGUCUGGCGCUCAUCCUCAACUCCAUGAUGCCCACCUCCCCUAUGGUCACCAUAGCAGCUUUGCCCGCUCAUUCUCUCACUCAUACAGUCAUCAACCACCACCCCACCAACAACCAUAUCUCCAAAGGAGUGGCGUUUGACACCCCACCCCCUCUGAGGCCCGACCACGCCUCCUACUGCAGACCGGAGCGCCUGCUGUCCUCUGUCACUGCAGACGAUGAACUGAAUGACUCAGAUUCAGAGACGUACUGA